CCACUACUCCAGCUGAGAUUUCAGUUGCGUUCCACGCUCUUCGCUUAAACAAUCGCAAAGAUUCCGUGUCUUCGCUUUAAACUGAUUUGAAAUUCAACCGACUACGAAGUGGCAGUGUGUGUAUGUGUGGUUAUUAACAAUUGUGAAGAAGAAUCAUCUUGAAAUCAAGUUUUUAACGGAAUAAUUUUAAAUACUUUGCAAAAUCAGAGUGUCAAUACAAUACACACUUGGUGAAAACGUACACAUUUACAAAGAGUAUUGAGCAUAAAAUCAAAAAAUGCUACUUCUGACACUUUCAAUUGCAGUGAGUGCAGUUCCAUUCAGCUUGGUGUUCGGGCAGUAUUUCGAGACACAGACACGUCGCUGCUUCAAUCCAAAUCAACGUCCCGGCUCCUGCGUCUCAAUUUAUGAUUGCCAGACAUUGUUGUCGGUGCUGCAACGCGGCUCCAUUCAACCACUAGACACCGAAUUCCUUCGCGCAUCUGAAUGCACCGGCGGCUAUGGCAAUGGCCCGUAUGUGUGCUGCACCGGCGAUACCGGCUUCACGCGCAACACUUAUGAUGACUACAAUCGCCAGGCGACCACCGUACUCUUUCCCGCCGGCUCUGGCGGCGGACGAUACCGACCAAGGCAACGACUCAACGAAGUUUCUGGUGGUGGCGGCGGCGGAAGAAGCUUUAAUAUUUUGGGGGAAGGCGGUAGCGGUGGUAAGCAGCCUCGAGAUCUCACGACUGGCGCGCAAGUGCGCGCGUCGGCGUCACUACCGCGUGUACCCACCUGCGGUGGUGUGACAAUAUCGAACAAGAUAUACAGCGGCACAGAUGCAGACCUGAAUGAGUUUCCAUGGAUGGUGCUGUUGGAGUAUAAACGACUUGUAGGCUCCGGAGGCCUGAAAACCAGCUGUGCCGGCUCGCUCAUCAACAGUCGAUAUGUACUAACCGCGGCGCAUUGCGUGAAGGGGGAAAUUGAAACGAAAAUCGGAACGCUUAUCUCUGUUCGCUUGGGCGAAUUCGACAUCACCAAGGAAGUUGAUUGCAAUCAGUAUUCGUGUGCCACACCAGCCUUGCGCGUCGGAAUUGAAGAGAUCAUACCACAUGAGCAAUACUUGAACAGUGCGGCUAACCACGAGCAUGAUAUAGCGCUUUUACGUCUAGAUCGGGAGAUACGCUUCUCAGACUCGAUACGUCCCAUUUGCUUGCCAUCAGUGGUAAUGCAAGAGCGCUCAGCACCAGCUACUGGCACGCUGUAUACGGUCGCCGGUUGGGGUCGCACGCUGCGUAGCGCCAAGAGUGCCGUUAAGCAGAAACUCGAAGUGCCCCUGGUCGAUUUGGGGCAAUGUCAACGAAUGUAUCGCUCCCGCAAUGUGAAUGUCGUGGAGAGUCAAAUAUGCGCUGGUGGUGUUUACGCCGAAGACAGUUGCGAAGGUGAUUCGGGUGGGCCACUGAUGCGUUUCCGCAACGAUGCCUGGGUCUUGGAGGGCAUUGUGUCGUUCGGUUACAAGUGCGGAUUGGGCGGUUGGCCAGCGGUGCAUACACGUGUGGCGAACUAUGACGCAUGGAUACGCGGAAAAUUGCGCAAUUAGACGUAGUAAUAAAAUAGAUUUACGUGCACAUUUAAUAGUUUAGAGUUAAAAUGUUUAAUUGUGAUCUUGCCAUUAGUUUUUAAUUCGUGUCAUAUGCAUUAGAUGAUAACGGUACCACUCAUUCAUCAUUAUUUAAUUAGUCAAUAUCACUUAAGGAGCAAAUAAAAUUGAUAUAUUAUAUGUAUGUAGGUGUGUACAUUCACUUAAAGAAAUGUGUUUGUAUGUAUGUACACCUUAUCAAAAUAUUUAUAUUUUAAUGUAUUUAUGUCAUAAAAUUUAGCAAUACUACGUGUUUUUGCAACAACGACAAAUA